AUGGUGAGAGGCUACGGAACGGAGACCGUGGACUUUGCGCGCGAGCAGGAUGCCUUCAUCGACCACCCGGUCGGUAGCAGUCGCUCGCGCUCCCGCAGCUCGUGGGGGGCGAUAGCGCUCGCUGCAGUUGUGGGGUUGGCUGGUAUGAGCUACGCAGUCACGAUGCACAAGUCGUUGGCAGCCCAGCAAGAAAUGAUCGCGAGGAUGCUGGACUCCAUGCACUCGGCCGUCGUGGUGGACGACAUGACCUGGGACAGCAAGAAGAAGAAGUUCAAGAAGGCCAAGAAGUUCCCGACCAAGUUUGCGGUCGACUUUGUCACUCCACUGAAGACGCAGGACGAGCGCGGCACGUGCUGGGACUUCGCUACUGUCGGCGUGCUGGAGAACAGCUAUCGCCAGCAGGGAAUCGCCCACGGGUGGCUGAAGGAGGACGAGUACAUGGCCAUCUCAGAGCAAGCGUACGGCGCGGAGGUGCUGCGACUGUGCGCGGGGCCUCCGGGCUCCCCGCAGCAAGUGGCGUGCUUGAUCCCGGACAACGGCAUCUGGAAGAACACGACGGAGGGAGGGGAUUCGACGCUGCUCAUGUACCUCAUGAACGGCCUGAAGGACAACAUCUACCCGCACUCGAUCUGCCCGUACUACCCUGACGAUGGCAACGACACUGUGUGCGCCGGCCUGACGCCCGAGAAGCGCAAGACCAACCCACUGAGUCUCAAGCUCAAGCGGAUGGAUACACUCAUGGAUGAGAUGUCGAUCAAGCGCGCGCUGGUGAAGCACCGCCAAGCCAUGUCAUUGACGACUGCGACGCCCUACACUACCCACUACUACCCGUGCAUCGGUGAAGUUGCUGGCCAAGAGCGAUGCGAUCCAGCGUCGACGUUGUGUACGUUGUGCCCUCCGGAGUUGGCGUUGACCACGUGCUGCGUCCCCAUCAACGGAGGAGAGAAUUACAACAUGAACGGCGAGUUCAUCACCAGCCACGUGAUGAACGUCGAAGGAGGGCACGUGAUGACGCUCGUGGGCUACAACGACCUGUUCCGCACCAAGCAGGGCUUCACUGGCGGCUUCAUCCUCAAGAACUCGUGGUUCGACGGCAUCCACCCCGCGCUCGGCCCCACGCACGCGCGAGGCAGCCACAGUCUCAAGUACUGGCUGCAGGAGAUCACCGAGUGGGAGGAGGCCAGCAUGUGCCCCAACAGCUACGACCCCGAGAACUGGUACCAGUGCGGCAACACGGCCGAGGUGAUCGACGCGAGGCGCCACGGCAAUGGCGACCCCGGCAUGAACAUCCCGUUGCCCAUUCGGCGAUCCAGCACCAUCGGAGGCGGCGUGGAGUCGUGUCUGUCGGAGGAGACGCAGCUCUACGCGAGAGUGAACCUGCAGCCGCUGCACUUGCGCUGCACGGACCCGAGCUUCUGCGUCGUGAGCGACGACUACACGUACUUCGUGCGCAACACGACGCAGUGGGGGGACCGCAUGCUGCGUAUGUGUCUGUUCGAGUACGACGCCAUGACGCGCAACUCGACGGAGCUGUGUCUGCCGCCGAUGCUGGCGCAGAAGAUCGCGUACGUGCUGUCGCCCGUGCCGGAGGAGGUGCGCGAGAACGACCCGGACGUGUGCGGCUUCUACUUCUACCCGUACGAGGUGCAGCAGCGCUACAAGACGCAGUUCGGCAACUUCUACGUCAACGACUUCGACAUCGAGUGGCACGCGCAGUCGUUCGCGGCCAACAAGGCGCAGUUCCCCGGCCUGGACUACAGCGACGUGGAGAAGUCGACACGCAAGCAGAACCAGUACGAGUUCGUGGGGCCCUUCCCAUUCGCGCGCAUCGUCGACAAGAAGGACCUGCCGAGCGUGAAAGAGGUGUGA